GCCCCUCCCGCCGUCAGGCAGCAGCCCGGGCAGCCUCUCCCGGCGGAAACGAGCCGGGCCUCGCACGAGCGGAAGCCGGAAGUGGCGGGCGCUGACGUGUCGCGCGGCGCCGGGCGGGAGUCGGGCCGGGCUGUGCGGCCGCGAUGGAGGCUCUUUACCACCAGACCAACAAGCAAGUCCAUGAGGUUCAAUCUUACAUGGGUCAUCUGGAGACCUCCGACAAGCAGUCAGUACACUUGGUAGAAAAUGAGAUUCAGGCAAGAAUAGACAGGAUAUUCAGCAACCUGGAACGCCUGGAGAUCCUGUCCAGCAAAGAACCUGCCAACAAACGGCAGAAUGCCAAACUCCGAGUUGACCAGCUGAAAUAUGAUGUCCAGCACCUACAGUCAGCACUGAGGAACUUCCAGCAUCGCCGUUACAAUCGGGAGCAGCAGGAAAAACAGCGAGAGGAGCUCUUGGCACGCACUUUCACUGCUAAUGACUCUGACACCACCAUACCGAUCGACGAAACAUUACAGUUUAAUGAAUCCCUCCAGAAUGCCCAUCGUGGCAUGGAUGAUCUUAUUGGCAGUGGGACCAGCAUUCUGCAUGGGCUGAGGGACCAGAGAAUGACACUAAAGGGCACUCACAAGAAAAUCCUAGAUGUUGCCAACAUGCUGGGCUUAUCGAACACAGUGAUGCGACUGAUUGAGAAGCGGGCUUUCCAGGACAAAUACUUCAUGAUCGGCGGAAUGCUCUUGAGCUGCGUGGUCAUGUUCCUUGUGGUGCAGUACCUGACGUGAACUGGUAAUUAGAGCCAGAGGAGAGACCCAUUUGGAUGAAGACAGACUGCCCUCCCAAAUGUACUGCCUAGUUCAUUGUGACCUUUGGGUUAGUCCUGCUCUGAAAACUGCACUGUGUGCCAAGUGACACUCAGAUGUAAUCACAUGUGGGCCAUGCAGAGGGGAGCAAAUGUGGUUGAGGAUGCCAUAACUGGAAAUAGGAGCUCAGCCUUUAAUGUGGUUAGCCUGUUGCCUGUAUACUGCAAACUCUAGCUACACAGGAGCUAGGUGCAAUGAAUAUUUUUGAUCAGCUCUCCUACUAGGAAUGGUUGUGAAAACCUUUGCUUUUUUAUUGCGGGGGGGCGGGGAGUGGAGAGGGGAUGGAGGAAAUAAGAAUUGUAAGGAAAAAUGUGAUGUGCCUUCCCUGUGCUGGUGGUCUCUCUCUCUCUCUGUUGUUUGCCGCACACAGAAGCCUUUAUGAAGAAAGUAAUAAACUCUACAGGGGCCUGCCCUGCAGAGCAUACACUCAUG